CUAUGCAACUAUGUUGCAACCUAACAGGUGACGUCAUUGAAAAACGCUUCCUAUUACGCCAAAGUUUAAAUAAUAAAUAAAGGUGACAUUAUAUACUAGUGCAGCAAAACCAUAGGCUACACUGUUUAUCUUAAUAUCUUUAAUUAAAAUGGUCUGUGUUUUGACCCCUAAACGUUUUGUGACGUGCUCCUUACUGCUUCCGGGUUAAGCCUCUCCUCCGCUGGCAUGCUUGUUGGAUUUUUCAACCAAAACCAACGUCGUUUAGCUAAAGAGAAAAUAAAAUGAGCUCUCAGAAAGGAAACGUGUCUCGCUCACGAGCUCAGAAGCAUCAAAACAACACUGCCUUCAAAAACGACAAGUACGGAGCGACUGCACAAGUGAAGAAGGCGAAUUCAAAGAUCCAUGAUGGACUCUGUCAACACUGUAAGGGUGUUCUUGAGUGGAAAGUCAAGUACAACAAAUACAAGCCACUAACACAACCCAAAAAGUGUGUCAAGUGCUCUCAAAAGACAGUGAGGGAUGCAUAUCACAUUGUCUGUAAGCCCUGUUCGCUUCAGCUUGAGAUCUGCUGUAAGUGUGGGAAGAAAGAAGACAUCAUUAUUCCGGUGAACUCACACUUAGACAAGAAGGAAGAAGAAGAUGAAGAGAAAAAGAAAGGACAAAGUCGAGGAAAAGAAGAAGAGGAAGAUUUUAACUCUGAUGACGAUGAUGAUGAUGAUUUUGACAACCUUGAGGAUGAACAAGAUGAUUUGGACUCGAAACAGAAAAAUUCACCCAUUUUUCCAGACGUGUCUUUGCUAAAUGUUUAAGAUUAAUGUUUUUUUUUGUUUGUUUUUCAAAAUUUAGACUGAAUGAGGUUUUUGUUAUUGCCUCUAAGAAGCUGAAAUGAAAGAAAGAAGCUGGUUGUUGCAGGAAAACAACCUGAAAUCUACAUUCAUCUCCUCAGUAUUUCCUUUUUUAUUAAAACAUUGUUUAGUUUUACUUACAUUUUCAAAUACCAAUCAAAUGGCAAAAUCCUAUACGUUGAAAGACCCUGUUUUGUUUUGUAGUUUGAAAAUUUUUUAUUUUUUCACAAUUUAUAAUGAUAUCUUUCAACUUUCUGGCCACAGGAUUUUUUUUAGCAACCAGUUUUCUAUGAAAACAUUAUAAUCCAAACUAAAACUUUUUUUUUUCAGUAAUUCUUUCCUACAUUCAUCAAACAGUACCUUCAUAUCAUAUUACCUGUUUAUUGCCAUAUCACUUUCCUGUGAUUUUACGUUAUAGGACAAUAGAAAUUAAUGCACAAUAGUGAAAUUAAAUAGUCUCCAGCUUCUUUUUGAAAUAAAAAGUGUGAAAAGUGCGGUGUGUUGUCAUUUCCCUUUACGAGGACACCCAAAAUCAAAUCAAGUUCGACCAGCUGUUUUUAAUGGAGCAAAUUGCCAAGAUAUUUAGGUAUGGUCACUAUUUUGUUCCAAAUAAACAACAGAGUCACAAGAAAUGUGUUGAGAAACAAGGAUUGACUCCCACAGCUUUGAGAAGAAACAAAUCGGAAACUACAAGGAAUAUAUGCCGCCAUAUUUAAGACCUGGAACCUUACAUAGAGCCCAGAAGUGCAAAGUUUACUGGAAAAAGUCUGCAUCUCUCUAAUGUUUUAUCAACAUUUUGGACUGAGUUGGAGCAUUGCCUUUGUUCAGUCAUGAAAUUACAUCUUGCCUGUUGAUGGUGUGCAUAGCAGUUUCAUUGGGGACAGGACAGCUGGUCAGAGUUAUAUGGCUGAAAGAAAGGCUGUUGUAGGCUGCAAAGGACUUGACAUUUGGGAAAAGGUUAACUUUCCAAAAAAAAAAAAAUUCCAAAACCCUAACAAUGGAACGGCUUUGAUGAUAUCCAUAUUCAUGAGUGAGAAUGGGACCAGUCAAAGCCCAGACCUAAAUUCAAUUGAGAAUCUGUGGCGAAAUGUCAAACAGGAUGUUCAGAGAUACUCUAAAUCGGACUGAGCUUGAGCUACUUUGUAAAGAAAAAUGGGGAAAAUUGUCAGUGUCUGGAUGUGGGACUCUGACUGAAACAUACUCUGACAGAUCUGAAUCUGUAAUCGCAGCAACGCAUUGAAAGGAUUUGCACUGGAGGCCUGAUUACAAAUGGAAAAUCGUCUUUUUUUGAUAGACAUUGUGCUCUAGUGCAGCUUAACAGUUUAAGCUUCUUUGUCAUGAAACUCCACCAAAUAUGGUUAAAUAACACUGCA